AUGGUGGUCCAGGCCCACUGCUGGCACUCCCUGGGCACCCAGCUUGGGCUCCUCUGGCAAGACCUCCUGGACCAGCCUGUGGCUCUCCUUGUGUCGCCUUCCCUGGGCUUCCCAGGCAGGAACGGUGCCCCAGGCCUCCUCAUCGCUGGACGCCUUGGGCCGGCCUCGGCCUCCGGGCAUCUGCGGGGAGGGGGGAGCAGCGCGUACACAGGGAAACACCCCCAGGUCCAGGCUCCCCGGGAAGCGAGGGGUCAGCAGGGUUUACCCCCAGCCCAGCUGCAGGCCCGCCCGCCCCACUGCACCCCUCCCCUCCCCGCCGAGCCUGCUGCUGUCCCAGGGCCCGAGCAGGACGCGGUGAGGGUGCGGGGCAGCCUGGGGCACCGGGCGCGGCCUCGGCGGGUGGACCGCAGCGUCAGCCCCCGGGGGCGGCCCCGCAGUGCCCCCCGCAGCGCCCUCCGGCCUGGGACGCGGGCUCGGGGCGCCCGACACCGGGGUGCAGGGCCGGGCCGGGGGCUGCGCGGGGCCUCCACCUGCCGGCUGCCGGCGGUACUGCACCGAGAGCCCCCGCCCGCGCCCGCGGAGCCUGGGGGGACCUGCCUGCGGGCCCUCAGGCUCCCCGAGGGGCUGGGGACCGUCCUGUCGCGGCAGCUCGGCCCCCUCCAAGUCCGAGCACGAUCGAUCGGCAAGUACACGAUCCGCGUGGGCACCGGGGACUCGCUGCUGGUGUUUUCCUGCAACCAGGUGCCGCUGUGGCUGGUGGGCGAGCACGGGGAGGCCGACCUGGGGAAGCAGCUGCGGCCGCUGCGCCGCGAGACGGAGUUCAAAGUCCGCGUCCGGGUCCACCUGGGGCGCCUGCUGCUGGUGAGGCUGCGCAAGCACGAAGACCUGAGAGACUCGGACCGGUUCUGCACCUGCAUCUCCGUGCGCGGCCCCAGAACCCAGGGCGAGGCCCUUUUCCCCUGCUACAGCUGGGUGCAGGGCAACCGGGUCGUCUGCCUGGCCGAGGGCACCGCCCAGACCGUGGGCAACGACCAGAGCUUGUUGAAGACGCACCGGGAACAGGAACUCCAGGAAAGGAAGACGGUGUACCGGUGGGGCUCCUGGAAAGAUGGGUUAAUCCUGCCUGUUGUGGGGAGAAUGCCGUGGGACCUUCCCAGGAAUGAGAGAUUCCGCAAGGAUAAGGAUCUCGACUUCUCCUUCUCGCUGGCAAGAGCGCUGGAGGGCUUGGUGCUCAAGGGGGCACUGGACCUCACCAAUCCAGUUAGAAGACUGGAGGAUUUCCAAAGACUGUUCCCACACGGGAAGACCCUGCUGGCUGAGCGGGUUUGAAAUUCCUGGAAGGAUGACAUGCUCUUUGGGUACCAGUUCCUCAACAGUGCAAACCCCAUGCUCCUGAGGCGGUCGGCCAGCCUCCCAGCACGGCUGGUGCCGCCUCCAGGGAUGGAGGACUUGAAGAUGCAGCUACAGAAGGAGCUCCAGGCUGGGUCUCUGUUCGAAGCCGAUUUCUCCCUGCUGGAGGGGGUCAAGCCUAAUGUUAUCAUCUUAAAACAACAAUACGUGAUGGCCCCUCUGGUCAUGCUGAGACUCCAGCCUGACUGGCGACUCCUACCCAUGGUCAUCCAGGUGAGAGCCUCCAGGUCCCCUUAUCCCGGAUGCCCCCCACCCAUGCUGUUCCUGCCCUCCGACCCCCUUAUGGUCUGGCUGCUGGCCAAGACCUGGGUCCAGAGCUCUGACUUCCAGCUGCACCAGCUCCAGUCCCACCUCCUGCGGGGACACCUGAUGGCGGAGGUUAUUUCUGUGGCCACCAUGCGGACCCUGCCCAGCCUGCAUCCCAUCUACAAGCUCCUGGUCCCCCACUUCCGCUACACCAUGGAGAUCAACGUCCUGGCCUGGAGUAACCUUGUCUCCAAAUGGGGAAUUUUUGAUCUGGUAUGGAAAGGGAUAGGUGAAGAGGGCAGAGGGCAUGUGGACAUUCUCCAGAGAGCUACGGCUUGCCUGACCUACCGUUCCCUCUGCUCCCCUGACGAUCUAGCUGACCGCAGGCUCUUGGAUGUGAAGGCUUCUCUCUACGGCCAAGACGCCCUCAGACUGUGAGGGGUCAUCAGCCGGUAUGUGGAGGGGAUGGUCGGUCUUUUCUACAGGAGUGAUGCGGCCGUGAUGGAUGACCCCGAGCUACAGGCUUGGUGCAGAGAGGUCACCGAGACUGGGCUGCAGGGCGCCCAGGACUGGGGCUUUCUAGUAAGUUUUGAAAUCAGACACUAGCUCUGUCAUUUCCUUACCAUGAGUAUCUUCACAUGUGCUACUCAACAUGCAGCCAUCAACCAGUUUUGA